UUCCUUUCAGGUGUGGAUGCCUGGUGCAAAAUGUGCAGUGAAGGAGGCCUUCCCUCAGAAAUGCAAGACCUGGAACUGGCCAUCCAUCACCAUCAGACCCUGUAUGAACAAGUAACACAGGCCUACACAGAGGUGAGCCAGGAUGGAAAAGCCUUGCUGGAUGUCCUACAGCGUCCCUUGAGCCCUGGGAAUUCUGAGUCCCUCACUGCUACUGCAAACUACUCCAAGGCUGUUCACCAGGUGUUGGAUGUGGUACAUGAAGUCCUGCAUCAUCAGCGGCGCCUAGAGAGCAUCUGGCAACACAGAAAGGUCCGACUACAUCAAAGGCUGCAGCUCUGUGUUUUCCAGCAGGAUGUUCAACAGGUACUGGACUGGAUUGAAAAUCACGGGGAAGCCUUCCUGAGUAAACACACAGGAGUGGGGAAGUCUCUACACAGAGCACGUGCGCUGCAGAAAAGACAUGAUGAUUUUGAAGAGGUAGCACAGAAUACAUACACCAAUGCAGACAAGCUUUUGGAGGCUGCAGAGCAGUUGGCUCAGACUGGGGAAUGUGACCCUGAAGAGAUCUAUAAAGCAGCCCGGCAUCUGGAAGUACGGAUUCAGGACUUUGUCCGGAGGGUGGAGCAGAGGAAGCUUCUCUUGGACAUGUCAGUGUCCUUCCAUACCCACACCAAAGAG